AUGCAAAACUUACCUGAGCCAAACAAUAUAGCACCUGUCACCCUCAAAUUAAGAAAUCCUGAUGUAGCACUUGGUGAGCUAUCCAAUACCCAAAAGACUAAACUAGCACUAGAAAUUACCCGAAUCUUUGGUCACCUCCUAAAAAUUCAAACAAACCAAGCUGGCACAGCCCUACUUCUCUACCCCACAAGUGUAGAACAAAAACAGAAAAUCCUGUCAACAACCUUCAUCCUGGAACACGAGGUAUCUGUAAACAGCGUGGAAGCCGAAUGGCUCAACAAAGGAGUGGUUCAUGGCAUCCCGAUUGAGCUCCAUGAAUCCUUUGAACUGGAUACUUUAAUGAAAGACGCAGGAGCUGUUAACUACACAAAUGAAACGUUUUCGAUGCUGCUCGACAACCUAUCAAUAAAAAAGCCAGGAACCUCGAUGAAGCUUCUGAAAUCUAAAGCCAAACACUUAAGUGCGCACAACAGUAACACAACAGUGUUACGUUGGAUAUACUCACGAACGUGCAAAUUUGAAGUUUUCGUGAACAAUCGUGUUGGCAAAAUCCUCAGAAACACCAAUCGUCGGCAGUGGCGUCAUGUAGCUGGAGUCGAAAAUCCAGCUGACCUGUGCAGUCAUGGUAUUGACCCACAGAACGUAAACGAGUUGUUCCAGUUUCAUCAAGGACCGCAGUUCUUGCAACUCGAUCCAUCUGAAUGGAACAAUUGGGUUGACAUUGCUGAGCCGAAAGAGAGUGACGUGAAUGUUAUUCGCAUCUUGGCAGUAAAAACAGAAGAUGAGAACCAUCCCGAAGACCAGUGCGUAAAAAACUGUUCGAGUUUGCUUAGAAUUCAGAGAACUCUAGCCUGUUGUUUGAGAUUCGUGAGAAAUACACAAUCCAGAAAACGUGGGGACCAACUGACAGUUGGGGAGUUAACGGCGUUAGAAAUGUCAACGUCGUUAGUGAUUUGUGUCAAACGUGCUCAAGUGUUAGCUUUCAAUGAAGAAAUCUACGCCUUAAGAAAAAACCUGGAACUACCGCUGAAAUCUAAACUUCGUCUUUUCAAGCCAUUUUUAGACGACGUCGGACAGUUACGGGUAGGUGGACGUAUCCACCACGCCCCGGUAGACUACUCAGCAAAACAUCCCAUUCUGCUACCAGGAGAUCAGUUGUUGACUCAACGGAUAGUGUGGGAUCAUCACGUCAAAAAUUUGCAUGUGAAAGCUGAGACGUUGUUAGCAAAAACUUCAGAUGGACUCAGUCUGGAAGAAUUCUUACUGUGCUUCACCCGGUUCGUCAGAGUACGUAGAAAACCGGAAAUUUACAGCCACAAAGGAACAAACCUUGUUACAGCCGAGCAAGAACUGCGCCAGGCUCUGGAAGAACUCCAGACCAUAAUGUCCUGUCAGCAGAUAGAAUGGCAUUUUUCUCCUCUGUUUCGGCCCCAUUUCGGGGGAGUAUGGGAAAGAUUGGUUCAAUCGUGCAAACGUGCGAUGAAAUCAGUGUUGGGACUCGCCUCGUCACUGAUCGUGUCUUAA